AUGGAGCCGUUGACUAAGCCUGCUAUAGGAGUGGUCGAAAGUGGUGAACUCGUUAUCCGACCAGAACUUCAGAAACGACAAUAUCUGCAAUGGAUGCGAAACCUCCAGGACUGGUGUUCUCAAGACAGCAUUGGGGGGGGGGGGCAUCAAAUCCCUACAAAUCUCAUCGGCAUCGAAGGUGAAGAUGGUGGAUACAAGAUGCCGUAA